GAGGUCAAGUGGAUAGGCGAGACGCGGGACGCGGUCGCUCAGGCCCUUGCCCGCAUCGUCUGCGAACAGGUGGAGGACCGCAUCGAGGCCAUGGAUUUGGACGUCACCGACAGCACGAACAAGAUCACCAAGUGCAAUGAUAAAGGCGACGACUUGGAGGCACGAAGCGACAUGCGCCAUGACCUCGGAGAUGACGAGGUGCCCUACGAGCAGCGCGUCUUGACCUACGUCGACAACCUUGGGCCCGAUACGCUUGCGAUGGAGCUCGAGACUCGCUGCGCGCAGCUGCUGCUAGAGCGCGGCUUCGCGGCGCGGACGGCGUUCUCGAGCGUCGCCUCCACGCGCGAGGAAUCGGGAUCCGCUUUCGAUGUCGUCUGCACGUCGCCGCGCCUCCUCGCCCGCGCCCGCGCGCUCGUUAAGUCCACCCGCAGGAAGUUCCCACGCGGCCGCGCCGCGUGGCACGACGCGCUCAAGACUGGAAACGAGCUCAAACCCAAUCGCCCCGUGCAUCGCGCGAACGAGAUACUGGAGCAGUUCGAGACCGGGCGCGCUGACGAGCAGGAGGCCUCGAAGGACGUCCCCGCCAAGUGCGCGAAG